AUGACUGAAAGAGGCGGAGAAGAAACUCACGCUGCCGCGGAGAGCCCCGCCACUAAUGCGCAGCGGCGGCACGCGUGGCCGGGGUCCGACGGCGGCGGUUCCAAUCAACCCCCUGCACAGCGCCGAGGGGUGGAAGAGGCACCUGCGGGACCACAGUGGGCUCUUUACAGUACCGUGGAGGAAGUGCUACGGCUUGAGGGAGUAGAUGCUACUGAACAAAUAACGCUAAAAGACUUCAUCAGGAAGUACGUUGAUCCCGAUUUCGUGCUCGAUGAAGGCCGCAAUGUGAUGAUGGGGGUGUUUGCGCGUAGGCCUGAGCACUACAUCAGGGACGAGCGGCUCCUACGAAGAAUUCUUAAUUCACCAGCGUGCCAGAAGUACACGCUUCGUGCGGACGUAAUCAAGCUAAUGGAGCACAGGGUGGGUAAUCUCCGACGCUGGAAGGGCUUUCAUCAGAAGGACAUCGUUGCUGCUAUUACAAGGUCAAAACUCAACGCCGCCCUUGAGGUGGCGGAGGUACUCGAAAGGGCAAAGCGGGUGAAGGAAGUUGCCAGACGGCCGUUGUCGGAGGGCUUCUACGACUCUGUGCUCAAGGCGAGGUGGAGCCACGUCUUGGGGUUCCCCGAGGGCGAGGGGGAGGACGAAGUGGAGAUGCGGAUGGAGGUGAAGGCGGGCCAAGCGCCAGCACAGUCGUGGGAGUACAAGAUGCAGGGCACAACUCUUCGGUCGGUGAGCCAUGCGGGGCAAUUCACCGCACCGCGCCCCAGGCUGAUGGUACUCACCUCGGAGAAGGGCUGGCCGUAUUUGCUGCAGGAGGGAACAGACAUGAAGGACUGCUACGUCAACCGUGAGGCAGAUCGUGUUUGGCGGAUCGUCCAGGGCGACCUAAGCGGGGCGUUCGGCGUUGCGGGGCAGCAAUGCUUGGACCUGCGGCGGCGCCUCGUGAUCGGGACGCCCGGGAUGGGGGCGUCGAUGAGCGUUGGCUUCUACCUCCUCCACCAGCUGCUGCGCUACGACGCCGGGCAACGUCCGG